AGCGUGAGAGAGAGAGCGAGAACUUGCAUUUACAUUCUAUGGUCAGGAGCGUGACGAUUUCAGAGACGAGCCGGAGACCCAAAUAAUUAAAUAUUUCCACCUACAGCAGAUAUGGGCGGUCAGGCCUCGCUGGUGCAGGGUGCCCAUGUGGUUGUUGUGGGCGGUGGUUUCGGAGGCAUCGCAGCAGCUCAGCAGCUGAAAUCACAAGGGUUCAGCUUCACUCUGAUCGACAUGAGAGACGCUUUUCAUCACAACGUGGCAGCACUGAGAGCAUCUGUGAAACCCGGCUUUGCUCAGCGAACCUUCAUCCCGUAUGCUGCGACGUUUGGAGAUAGCUUUGUUCAGGGUCGAGUGGAGCGAGUCAACACAGACACACAGACGGUGGUCCUGGCAGGAGGCAAGGAGAUCCAGUACACACACCUCAUCCUGUGUACUGGGACCGAUGGAGCUUUUCCCGGGAAAUUCAACACGGUGGCUUCAUAUCAGACCGCCAUUCAAACAUAUGAGGACUUUGUAAAGCAGGUCCAGACAGCAGACUCUGUGUUAGUUGUCGGAGGAGGCUCGACUGGUGUGGAGAUGGCUGCUGAGAUCAAAACAGAGUAUCCUGAGAAGAGGGUGGUUCUGAUCCACUCGAGAAUCGAUCUGGCCGACCCAGAGCUCCAGCCAAGCGUCAGACAAGAAGCUAAAAUGGUUCUGGUUGAAAAAGGAGUGGAGCUGCUCCUGGGUCAGAAAGUUUUGAAUUUGUCAGAGCUGCAGCUGAACGUGACCCAGAAGAACACAAUCGUUACCACUGAUAAAGGAACCAGCCUGACCACAGAUCUUAUCAUCAGCUGUGUCGGACUAAAGAUCAACUCUGCAGCUUACGCCUCCAGCUUCUCCGGAUGUCUGGCUGAAAACGGAGCUCUGAAGGUGAAUGAGCACCUGCAGGUCAAAGGUUAUUCCAACGUCUACGCCGUGGGCGACUGCGCAGACAUUAAUGAGCCCAAGACGGCGUACCAUGCUGGACUACAUGCUGCUGUCGCCGUUACCAACAUCAGCUACAGUCUGAACGGGAAUGAGCUGACCCCAUACCACACAGGAAGCAUCACCAUGCUGCUGGCGAUGGGCCAUGACGAUGGUGUGGGUCAGUUCAAUGGGUUUAAGUUGCCUCGUUGUCUGGUUGCCCUUGGAAAGAGUCGAGGUCUUCUGCUGUGGAAAAGCUGGCGGGAGAUGGGGCAGAAACAACCCUGAUAGGACCAAACAGACUUCUCACACAAAUGUUCUGUAACAAGCAGGUUCUCCCUGACAGCUGGUGAAUUGAAACGCUUGAUCCUCAAUGGGUCUAUUGAUCAGUUUCAGAUCAGUUCAUGUUUUUUCUGGACUUCUUGUGUUACAGGUUUGAGGUGAGGGAUAACAAAAUCUUGCCAUCAGUUACAUUGUAAUAGUCAUCGCCAGAGUUGCCUCUUCAUUCUGAACAGCUAAGUUGUUUCUGUUCAGCUCAUCUGUGUUAUUUAUAUGAAACUUUGUUUAACCUGAAGACAGAAGUGUGGCAGUGUCUUUCCAUUAAACACUUGUCUAGCAGAAAAGAAAGUCAGAUUUCUUCUUUCAUCUGAUACCAAAAAAAAAACUGCCUCGUGAAAUUUUCUUGAAGUUUUCCUUAAAUGUGUCUGGUCAAAUUCAGCUUUACAUAAACAUUUAACCAAUCUAUUUUUGUAUCAGAUCUAUUGAAUAUUUACUGUACAUCUGUGUCUACACUCUAGUCUGUAUACGUCAAACUUCCUUAAAUACAUAAAUAUUGUUAUUAAUUAUUCACUGUUUUAACUUAAUCUUGACUAUACUCUAACAUGAAGCAUUUUGUUACUUACAAACCAACAGAAGCCUCAUAAUGUGUUCAAGGUUUUGUGCAAAUUAAACCUUAAAUGUUUCUUUAAUCAAGUUGUAGCUUGGAAAACUUUAAAUGAAAGAAAUGAAGUACUGAUGUAUAAACAGCUUCUUUAUUAUAUUCUUUCAGACUAUAAAUAAAAUAUUUUACACCUGAAAAA